CACCUCAACACAUGCAUAACUGUGUAUAUUUUAUAUAUAUUCCAUCUGACAGCUGUAACAGCUGCAAGUUUUUAUUAUCCCCUCAUAUUGAAUAAUAAGUGUAAAUAUUAAGUGAACUUAAUAUUUUUAAUACAGAAAUUUCUAAUAAAAGUGAGAAGUGUAUUUAACACUAGUGUUUUUAAUUAUGAUUCGUAUUGAUGAAGAGUGUUAAUUUAAAUAAUAAAAGUUGUAAUGGGAUUUUCAUAACCAUUUUUUAUCUUACAAUAAAAAAAGGCAUUGUAUUUGAGGUUAACCAUAACCUCCAAAGAGGAAUUUUUCCAACUGAACUAAGUUUUCGGAUUUAACGCUCUACGAUAUUUCAAAGAUUUUAAAAGAGAUUUAUAAAUUAUAAAAACUAAUAAAGAUGAAAUCAAGCAAAAAUAUUUCAGAAGAUACAAACUCUUUUAUGGCAUUUCAUUUAGUGUUUUCAAAAUCAACUGUCACAGAACUUGCACAUAACCAAGAAAAUUGUAAACAAAACAAACACACAUUAUUUAAAGAUACACAGAUAGAGUUUAUACAGUUAUGCAUGUGUUGCGAUGUGCAGAAGACUAGUGCGCCUCGGGGUAGUACGCCCAGUCGUCCGUUAAAAACGGGACCACUGCUCUCUAUGAACAAGCAGGCGAGUUGGUUCUCCUGUAUAUAGUCUUCUUGACGGGGAUAUAGCAAAGUAGCUCUUUAACCUAUAACUUGAAUAAAUAAUUAAAUAUUAAUUACCAAACAAUAAAAAGUGAUUAAAAGGCUAUUAAACGAUUACAAUUGAUGAAAUCAUUAUUUCCUCUGGUAUUGUGCCAAUUUUACACUCGUUAAAAAUUACAUUUAUGAAAGUGUCUUUACAUUAUUUUGACACUGUACCAUGAAUAAUUAUUUUGUUUAUUCGGGUGACAAAAACAAUGCAGAACAAUUAGAAAAUGUUAACCCUACAUUGUAUAAAAAACUUGAUGAGAGGAAAGUGACAGCUGAUGAUGAAAAUGAAGACGUUGUCGACGAAUUCGACUCACGUGAAGUUUUCGACAUCGUCAGGAACAUAAACGAUCCGGAACAUCCUUUAACUCUCGAGGAAUUAAAAGUCGUCGAAGAGGAUCUUAUUGAAGUGGACAAUAAGAAUAAUGCAGUUUUAGUAAAAUUCACACCAACAAUUCCUCACUGUAGUAUGGCCACGUUAAUCGGCCUUUCAAUAAGAGUUCAACUUUUACGGGCAUUACCAGCAAGAUUUAAAGUCACAGUUGAAAUUACACCUGGAACACACGCUUCCGAAUUGGCAAUAAAUAAACAACUCGCCGAUAAGGAACGUGUUGCAGCUGCCCUCGAAAAUAAUCAUCUCCUCGAAGUAAUUAAUCAGUGUAUACGAGUAGAAUUAUAAGUAAACUUUUCCUCUAAACUAUUCCAAGUUCAAAAGGCUUAAAAUGUAUACUUUUAAAAAAAUUUUAAAUGUGUUGUUAAAAAUAUAAUAAAUCAAAUGUUAUUUUAAUAA